AAUUUCACUGUUUCUCGUUUGUAGCUGAAAUCUCGCGAUAGUUUGUUCCUAGCAACGCGCUGUUUACAUCGAUACAGGAAGCGGCGAGGGAAUUAGAGUGCACAGAAUGGUGUUAAAUGAAUGAUGUCAGUGGCUUAAUGGAGCCUGUCCAGCAGCAGCAGUGUGUAUGGAGCCUGAUAAAGGAGUGUGUGCCAGACUCUGAGCUUCCUGAGAUAAGGGCUAUACUUGGGGAUGCACUCAUAGACAUGUACACAGAAAUCCACUCUGAGGUGCAGAUGUGGGAGCAGAUGUGGCAUGAGGUGCAUGAUGGAAAAUCCCAGAUGCCCCAUUCCUCUCUUGCUGACCCUCCAGCUGUUAAAGAGCUGCUGCGUUCUGAGCUCCAGCUGCUGCUGCUCAGUCUGAGACAGCAAGCCGUUACACUGGGCAGAGAUGGAGAUGAAGUCAUGUCCCGGUACAGUCCCAGGGUGGUGAGUUAUGCACUCGGCACAGAGAGACAGCGAAGUCCAGACAGCACUGAGUGUACAGCAUCAACUAGCAGGCCUGAGUCCAGCAGGUCAAGCUCAAGGCUAUCGUCUCACUCCAGCAUUGAAGAUGAAAUUGAAGCUCUGCGCCAUAAACUGAACAUCACCCAUAUAAACGAGGUUGUGUCCCAUCUAAAAUCAGUUCUUACUGAGGAGUGUGAAGUUCUGAAAAAUGAUGUUCUGUUGCUGCAGGAGAGUGUGGAGUUGGAAUAUCUGAAGCAGAGCGGCUUCAUGGAGCCCACUCUAACAGAGCUGAAAAAGGAACGGCGACUUAUCCAGCAAGACUUGGAAGCCCUGAAUCUGAUGAAUGACUCUACAUGCACAGAUAAGCUGAAGCCUGAUGUUUCUCAGAUUCCCAGCAGAGAAAUGAAGCUGACUGGUUUGGCAAAUGACUCUGAGAAGAAGCAGUCAGUCUCACCAGUCUCACCUAAAACAGAUUUUCUUCAACCAAAGCCUCCUCCAGCUGUAGCACUACACGAUAACAGACCCGCUCUCCUGGGCAAAACCAGGCACAGAAUUUCUCUUAAGGUUACACAACUUCCAGGGUCGUCCCCAAAUCCUCCACAGGAACUGGAUUUGGAGAACUCUCAUAUCCAGCCAGUGCCGCAAAUUAGCUCUGCUUCUUCAGCCACUGUACAGAGUUCUCCAAGUGAGUCGAAAAUUGCAUUUGUAGGAUCUGCAACCUGUAGACUUAAAGACAGGGCACUGGCUGGGCAUUUCAGAGCUGCCCCGACACCACUGAUACCUGCCCCACCUGCAGGGCAGAGAGCCACCAGCAGGGGGCAGCGGGUGGGCAGACGCCUGGCACUCCAUCAGACAGGAAACCUGCUCAGUGCCACCUGAACGCACCAGCUCCAUAUUCUCUCAGAUUAAACUGCAUGAUCUGGCAGCUGGCUUAGACGUAUUAUUUACAUUAUAAACUUUAUAGUAGAGGUUUAACAAAAGACACCGCAUGUUUACACAUUUAUUUCAUACAUGCAAUGCAAUUAAACAGCUCAGUUAUUCCAUAAAAGGCACACAGACAGUUGAUCUUUAAAAUAAACUUUAUUUUACCAUUUGAAAUUGAACCAUUUAAGAUACACAGCUGAUGCGACUAAGACAAUGUUUGAUGCAAUUUGGCCCUAAGAUUCCAAAGACAUGGUUAGAUAUGUUUGAUAGAAAGUUCUGAGCUCAUUUUCAUGGUGCUUUACUCUCCCUCCCUGCCCUCACAGUAAUUUCACCAGGACGUGACAGUAGUGAACAAUACAGUAGUGGACACAGACCUGCAGAACCUUUGAGUAGAAGAGAAUGGGUGGGGUUGUAAUAUAUGUUGCUAUUAAACAGCAUAAAAAUGAUCAUGUAAAGUGCUGGAACAGCAUGAAAAUGCAAGAUGAUGCAUUCUGUUCCCAAAUAAAAGGUCUCUUUACGACAGCAAGCAUCUGGAUCAAAAAAAAAAAAUCACAGUUUUAGUUAUGCUUUACUG